UGUGUUUCGUCAUUUCCGGUGGCUUGUCGGCUUUCCGUAAUGGCGCAGACGACAGUACCUCAGCAGGCAAGACCGUGGAAUCCAAACUUCACUUAUGCAGAUAGAGAAAGAUGGAUUUGCAUAUAUCCGGCGUACAUUAACAGCCGAAGGACUGUGAAAGAAGGGAGAAGAAUCCCCAAAGAAAAGGCGGUGGACAACCCAAGCUACACAGAAAUUCGUGAUGUGUGUGCUGCUGCUGGGAUGAUAGUGGGAGUGGAAAACAAAGUCUAUGCCCGGGAACUUGACCAUCGAGAUUUGAAAGUUCGUGGCCGCAUUCGCAUACAGCUAAAACGAGAAGAUGGGUCACUGUUGAUGGAGCAGUUUCCUGACAGACAGUCUGUUUUGCUGUAUCUUGGAGAAACAAUACCCAAACUGAAGUCUAGAGCACAGUCUCAGUCUGCCCAACAGUCUGCUUCUCAGCAGGCACAAAGUGCAAAAUCACAGAAGAAAAAAGGACGCAGAUGAAGAGCGAAUGUCACAAUUCUGUCAUCGUGUUGACUGGUUGUGUGCUUGGAGUGUGGCUGAGGAUUGGUGAGCAUGAGUGCACACAUUCAUGUAUGUGCAGAGUUUUUGUAACAACACAGUGGUAUGGAGCUAAAUAGGUAAUUUGAAAAUACUGCAUUUGUUGUUUUUAUCUUAGUUUCUGUUGGUUCAGAAUUCUAUCAUGAGAGGGAUCAAAUUAGUAAAUCAGUAGCUGUUUAUUGAAGUGUCAGUGCAUAUGCCAUGUAUUAUUACUAGUCACUGUAAUAUCAAAACUAAAUAUUGUAAAGCAUCUAAUUUUGAGAAAUAAUUAUGUGGAGAAUGCAGGUAACUCUUCAUGUAUUUUUGUUGUAAAAUCAGUUCCGUGAGUGGUGAUAGUCGUGGUCCUCCUCUUCUUCCACUAAAGAGAGUUACUCAUGCUUCAUGCGGUUAAGUACUUUACUAGGCUAUGCAUAUAUAUGUACAUGUACAUUCAUGAGUGUUAUGUAUUUGUGCGAGUGUGGAAACAAGUUGGGGAAUAUUAAUAAAAAUGAAUGCAGGGAGGUGGUGGGGACUACUAGAUUUCCUUAUUUCAAAACUUAAAUGACAAUGUCAAAACAAACAGCAAAAGGAAAAUAUCAGAGGUUCAAAAUUAGAAACUUUUUACCAAAUGGAGCAUAUUUUUAUCACAAAACUGAAUGCAACAAAUAUAACUAAAAAAAAACCAGUGCCAUGGACAUGCAUUGUCAACAAAUCUAAUACCAUUUUUAAUGCUUUGCCAGCGUAAGGGUUAGCACUUGUCCGGUAAAGGAAAAUUAGCAUCAUGCAAGUCAACAUGCUGGGUGGGAAAUUCAAGAAGUUACAAGGCUGGCAAUACCCAUACCAAUCAAACUUCAAAGCUUUGCUACCUCAAAAAAAAAAAAAAAAAAAAA